GUAAAAAUAACCUUGACAGGCCCUGUAUCUGUUUGUCACGUGGAGAAUAGAGUAGGACUCGAGUGAACUUGAAAAAUAACGGGCCUCACAGUCAGUAACAAGUAAUUCAUUCAACUGAUCAUAUGUGUUGGUAUUUUCUAACCAUAAUGGCUGCCGUGAUCCAUGCGCAGUAUCGAUCAUAUUUUAGUUGAUUUCUAACUUGUGCCGUUACACAUAUUCGAACAUGUUUGAACUAUUAAUUUGGUCGCAGCAGUGGCAGGUUUGCAACUCAAUUUGGCUUAUAAAAAAAUCCAGUUAUUUUUCAAAUUCUUUACGUUUAAUGAAGUAGACAAAGCGUUGAAUGUGUAUGUUGUUUUUAAGAGGCUAUCAGUUUAAAUUUUUCGUUUUAAUGAUGUUUUAUGUGCAAGUUUAAUGUGUAGAUAAAAAUGAAAAAGGAAAUUGUACAUAUUUUUCAGUAUAAUCGUCUAAUUUAUAAUUAAAUGGAUUAACUUAAUUAUCACAUGUCGGUGAAAGCAGUUUACAGUAAGUUGAGGAUAGUGACAGUACCAAGUGCAAUGACUGAAAAAUAUAAAUAUUGAGCUAAAUAAAGCAAUUUGGAUAGAUUGACUAUAAAUUUUUUUUAAUGUUAAUAAAAAUUAAAAUAUCAAUUAUUUUGUAAAUUGAAGUCUCACAAGUGAAUAAAACUAUUUAAUUGAUAUUUGAAUAUCGUAAGAUAAAAAUACCUAAAGUGAUUCAACAAUUGUUUUUUCAAUAUGUUUUUAUAUAAUGUUUUUGACGAGUUCAUUCCAGAAAUGUAUUUCGAAGAUGAGAAACACAUGCUACUACUAUUAUAAACUAGUGAGAUAAUCCACUACUAAAAUAAAUGCAUGAAAACAGGGUUGUUCAUUGUUUUUUUAGGAAUUCGGUGAAUAAUAAAUUACCGUAAAAUAUAAUAGUGUUGUUUCCAUAAAUUAAAAGAUUUUUUUUACACUGUGAAAAGAAGGCUAACAUAUGUGAUAAGUGUAAAUUCUAAAUUUUGAAUUAGUAACGAAAAUGACUGUAGAAAUUACAGAAUUAUCUUGGUAUUCCAAACUAUAUAACUAUCUAAAAAAUCGUAACCGUAUCGAACCUGAAAAAGUAAAAUUACCUGACUGUGAUUUUUUUAUUGUAGGACCUCGACGUGUACUUCGAAUAUUGAGGCCAGUUCAAAAAAGUAGCGAAUUUUAUGAUUUAUCUGCGGAUAAAUUUGAAUCUAUUAAUGAAAACUUCAUUUCAAAAUGGAUAGAAAAACCUCAUUCAUCUAAUAACUGCAGAUGUUCAUUUCGCCGAUCUUUUGGUCUCAAUAACACUAAAAAAAAUAUAUUUUCUACUGAAAUAAAUCACAUUAAGGCUAAUUUUCAAGAACACGAGAUAAGAGGACCAAGUGUUAAUGAAUCAGAAAACAAAGACAUUGUAAAUGUAAAUUGUCUUGAAAAACCGAUGUCAUCAGAGCCGACAAGUAAAAAAGAAAUCGGUAAAAUUACAAAAAAAAGUUAUUUGGAGAGCCAUCAAAAUGAUAUUCCUACAGUCAGAUGUGAAAUUGUUAAAGAUUUAGAAGAAUACAUUGAUAUAAUACUGAAAGAUGUUCUUGAGCAUACAAUGAAAGGCAUGAGUAGUGCUGAUCAAACGGUUUCUAGUAAAAAAUAUCUUAAUAAUGAGAAUAAAUAUAUUCGUACAAUAUCGGGUGAUACAAGAACUAAUGAUAAGUCAAUAAUUAGUCCUUUGGAUAUAAGAUUUGAAUUUCCUAUUGAUAAAUACAACAGUGGAUAUUGUGUUACAAAUAUUGAUAAAUCUGAGCUUAAUAGUUAUGUAAAUCAAGCAUUUAUUUCAUCGGCAAAUGAUCCCCAUAAAUUCGAUUUUGAUUUGAGAAAACCAUUCAACGAUAAAGAUCUUGAUAUAAUAGAUUGUACGGAUUCUGGCGUUAAUAGUGUUGAAACAAUGGAAUUAUCUAUUGAAUCAGAUUUUAGUCUUGAAAAAUCGAUAAUGCAUAUAAUAGAAGAUAAAUUUAGUCAAGCGCAGAUGUUGUCAAAUCUAGAUGAUAAAAAUACUACGAGCCUUACUAAAGAAGAUAAAAAAAAUACAGAUACCAUAAAACAUGGCCAACAAGUGGUAGCAAGUCAAAAUGAAAAUAAGAAUGACAUCUCUGUAGGUAAAGAAAUCGUAGAAUGUAAAAUUAAUUCAAUUGUUGAAAUCGAUGAAAAAUUAUAUUCUGAUUUAACUUCAUUAGUUGCCGAAAAUAAAAUCGAUCAAAUGAGAUCAGUUGUAGACAAUAAUUAUUUUGAAGUGCCAUUAAGAGAAAAUCCAAUCGAAAAAGUAAGUUCAAUAGCCCUUUUAUAUGAAAAAGUUACUGCUAAAUUAGGGAAUACUAGUAAAAAUAGUGACAAUAAAAAAAAAAGUAAAGUAUUAAAUGAUGGAAGUAAAAAAAAAUUAAAACUGAAAAUUAUAGAAAUGGAAAAUUAUAAGACAAUACAUAGGGGCUCGAAAGAAGCUGCUGAGAGUCACAAGGAGUCGAUGACAGCGUCAGAUAUCAUUCAAAGAAUUCGAAAACCCAUAAUUGUAUUUCUCCAUGGAUUCGGAUCAUCUGCAGAAAUUUUCAAAAAUCAACUUCAAUUUUUUUCGAAUAUGGGUUAUCCUUGCAUUGCUCCCGAUAUGUUAGGUCAUGGUAUGAGUUCCACUCCAGAUAAAAUGCGUGAUUAUCAUUUCGAGAAAUUAUUGAACGACUUGGAAGAAAUUCUUCAUCACUAUGUUUUCAAACCUGGACAAAAAUGCAUUUUAGUAGCUCACAACUACGGGUGUAGUUUUGCAACAGCUUUGGCAAGUAAAUACACACAUCAAAUUCACCAGCUAGUUCUUAUAUCAGGUGGUGGACCAAUUCCAUUAGUGUCACCAACGAAAGAAGGCGCAGGUCAUUGCUGUUUAAGAAUAAUUUUAUCUCCACUUUUAAUGUGUGGUUUACGCCGAAAUAUAUUAUAUGCAGCAAGAGGUCGACAGCAUCCUUAUUGUGGCUCUGAACAAAAAAAACAAUGGCCUCCUCAUAUGAAAUAUAUCUUGAACGGUAUGUCAUGGCCAGAAGGUGAUUAUCUUUUUCACAGAAGAAUAUGUAUUCCAACUCUACUUAUACAUGGACUUAAAGACAACAAUGUGUCACUUGUACAAGAAUGUCAGAUGGAAAGAACAAUACUGAAAGCUUAUCUUGAAGCUAUUCCCAUGGCUGGACAUAUACCUAUGAUAGAUACUCCUGAAGAAAUUAACCACAUGAUAAAUUGCUUUAUAAAUUUGUGGAGUAAAAAGAGAAAAGAGUGACUGCGGGAAAUAAAUUACGUUUAAUUUCAAUAAGUGGCAUUCACUACACAUCUCUAACUGCUUCAAUUGAUAGUUUAUAUUUGAGAAAUGACUAUCAAUUUAAAAAGUAUUUUUUCAAAAUAAAUCGAAAAUUAAUUUCACUGUAAAACCAAACGAUGAUAAUAGGGAAAAGACCGAGUUAUUAUCGUAGAAAAUCAUCAAGCUGAAUUAUUUGUAUUUAUGCAAACAAAUCAAAAUUUUAUAAGAUUGGUAGAGUUAACUAAUUGUCGUUCAAUCUCUCUGUAUUGCUUUGUUAAUAAGUCUUUCAUGAAAUUCAUCAAAGUUACCUGAUUAUGCGAUUUGUAAGAUCUACCAAAGCUAAAUUAUAAUGUUAUUUUAUUUAUCUUACUGUAACGAAUAAUUUAUGAGAAUUCAAAAUAAUCUUUAUCUACAUUUACAUUUUUUCAAUACAUAAAAAUAAAUUAGUUAGUUGUUUGA